CAUGACGAUGCGGGUGGUUUGAAUCGGUUUCCCAGGAUUCCUUGCGGUGGCCACUACCCGGAUUUCGUAGAAAACCUGUGGGCGGAGCCACGAGAGGUCCUGGGAAAGGAAGGAGUAUGGCGGCUGUGUUGGUGUUCUCAUCCCCUUUCCCCAAACUCCGUCGUCUUCUCCAAAGCUGUUGGGGACAACUUGGCGGCCACGCGGGGCCAUGGGGCUCCUGCUGUAGCAAUACCAGCUCCAGAUUCUUUAUUCAAUCCUGUGGAAGAAAAAACCGAGUAUUUUGAAAACCCCAGCUUUUUAGACAUCAUACUUUGGAUGCCAGCUCCAAAAUCCAGGCUGACAAUUGAAGUUAAUUGCAGCAGACGAAGGAAUUCUGGCCAUCUUAUAAAAAUAAAGAGAAACACAGAUAUUUGUCCUGAAUGUGGCAACUUGAAAGAGAAGCAUGUUCUUUGUGGCUAUUGUUAUGAAAAAGUUAAACUGGAAACCUAUGCCAUAAAAAAUCAAAUUAGAUUAUUGGAAAAUGGACCACAUAAGGCUCCCACUGUAGAAAGUGUUGUGCUCUAUACAGGAGAAAAACCCAGAAAUGAAGAUGAAGACAAGCGAAUUAUCGAAAGAAACAGGAAACGUCCAUCUUGGUUCACACUGGACUAAACAGACAGGAAUGAUUGAUUCCCUUAUACAAAUCCUACUUUGGAUAAUAUACAUCCAGAAGACUGCACUGUACUUUAUACUGUAGUUGCUUAAGUGUACUAUUUGCAGCACUCUUGUGUGUGUAUGUGUAUAUUUGGUUCCUACAAAAUGGAACCAAAAAGACAUUUGCAUACAUACAUAUUACAUAUCUAUACUAGGGGUCUAGUAUAGAUUUUGUUGAAUGCUGCAUCAGGGUUGUGGUUGACCUUAGGUGGCCAGGAUGUGUGUCGCUUUGGUGAGCAUGGCCAGCUUGAUGUUGCUCAGGUUGGGGGAUGCCUGUGCUGUGCUGUGGAGAUGGAUCCCUCUUUUUUUCCUUUUCUUUUUCCUACCCUCUUUCUUCUUCCUCCUGGCUCUUCUUCCUCCCUUGCUCUCUUCCCCCUUACCUUAUAGUAACCUAAAUAACAUCAUUUGCAGAAGUGGGAUGUAACUGCAUACAAAGAUGAGUUUAAUGUUAUUUCAACAUAAAUUUAAUAUACUUUUGCAAUUAAAGGAUAUUCAAUUUCUUGAA